UUGCAAGCCUGGCCAUGAAUUAUGGCGCGGGGCAGGGGGGGUGCCCAGCUGGAGCCUUGUGCUGCCCCUGCCCUGCGGGCUGGCGGGACAGUAUAUAACCGGGCUGGCCCGGCGCUGUGCACCGCGACACCAUGAAAUCCGGCAGUGUCGUGCUGCUGACGGGGCUCCUCGCUCUCUGGGCCAGGCCCCAGCCCGCGGCUGGCCAGAGCCACAUAGUGAAGCUGGGACGCUGCCCCAUGAUACCCCCAGGGACUGUGGGGACCUGCAUUCAUGGAUGUGACCAUGACGGUGACUGCCCCGGAGUGAAGAAGUGCUGCAGCAAUGGCUGCGGACAGGAGUGCAUGGAGCCCAUUCGAGUGAAGCCUGGAUUCUGCCCCAGGUUCAUCCCAGGAGCCCCGGGGAUCUGCGUCUUCCAGUGCACACACGAUGGCCAGUGCCCUGGGACGCAGAAGUGCUGCCACACUGGCUGUGGCCACGUCUGCGUGGAUGUCCCAAGCCCUGAGCCUUGAUUUCUGCUUUGCCUGUGCGGGUGCCAGGGCCGCUUGCCCGCCCUGUCGCUUCCCGAGGCCCCGCCGUCCCAGGCUCUGCACCAAGAUAAGGAGACCUGCUAUUGCCGUGGCUCCCUCUGCCUCUCUUGCGGUCAGCCCAGCUAUCCUGGCCCAGGGCUCUGCCGGGCUCAGGCUCUGCGCUUUGCUCCCUCCUCUGUGAAUAAACGAGCGCUGCAUGAA